UACAAUAUCUCUGUAAACAGAGUUUCAAUAAACAGAAAAUUAUGGCGUAUAGUGUGGUGUUAGGUGCAUAGUCAUCUUGUUGCGGAGACAUUGUGAUAUAUUCGAGCAAUACUUGUGCGCCUCUGAUUAAUUUGGGAGGAGAGUAGAGGUACAUGUAACGAUAUCCAUAGGCCUAUGAAGUUCAGGACAUGGCGGAUGACUUAUCACUACCAGACAGCCUAGAAAAGUUGGAGAUUGACAUUAAAAGGGUCACAGAGAGGAAUUCUCUCUCUACAUCAAAUCCAUUCAGUCAAAAGACUGUUAUAACUGUUGAUGAAAGAGCUUUGCUGAAAUCUCUUAGUCUUUCUGGAGAGAAGUGUGUAAGUACCUCAUGUAAGUGUAAUACACAAAAACAUAAAUCUCAUAAAAAUGGAAAGCUGGAAGGAAAUCUGAGAUCAUCUACGUUUAAGCGAAGCAUUGUUCGCAAGAGCAGAUUGAAUUUCUUGACCGGAUCAUCUGUAUGCAAACGAAAAAACCGACAUAAUAGUAUACUGAGAGAUCCAAUUUUACACUUACCAAGUUUUUCACCUUUGAAACCAGCAAGGUUUUCUGUGAUGGAAGUGAGGCUCAGAAAUGUCACCCAGUUCAGAGUUACUGAAUUAAUUAUAAGCCCAGAAGUAUCAGGUGUAGUACCAUUUGGAAAUAAUGUCACUCCCAGUGAUUUCAAAUCUCUGUUCCUAAAAUGUGAAAACUCCAAUGAAGAAACAAAGGACUAUGAGACAGUGAACUUUCAAAAUCUUCAGGCUGGCACUUCAUUAUUGACAAUAACAGAUGAUGAUGACGAUGAAAGCAAAAGCACUAAAACAGCUGCAAAAUCCUCACCAAAUCGUGGCACUCAAGGACAAACUUGUUCACAGCAAGCUCUCAUGUCGACUCCAACAAAUUGUGAUGAUGUAACUAUUGAUGAACUGGCAAGUUAUUUUGACGUUUUUGUGCAUAUCCCAAAGAAGAUGUCUCACAUGGCUGAAAUGAUGUAUAUUUAAGUGUCCAGGUUUAAGAAAUGUUUAUUUUAUAGCUGCUUUAAUUUAUCUGCUGUUGCCCUUUUUGCCUCCCUUUCUUUCAGUGAUAAAUUUUUGUACCCUUUGUGAAAAAUAAUUUGUUGUUUAAGAAAUUCUUUAAACUAUCUCAGGUAUGAUGAGAGAUUAUUGUGCAUUAAGUAUUGUGCAUUAAAUAUUGUGACGCUAACAUUCAUUAGUCAUGUAGGAGUAAUGUCUGUUAAACUUGGCUGUAAUGUGAGACAAGGAAAAAUAAAUUGUAUGAUAUGUUUU